ACUCUACCAGUUUCGGGGUCAUCCCUUGCGUGAGUCUCAAGGACUGCAACCUUCAAUGGCUUCAGCAUUGGUACGACCAUGUAGCCUGGGCCUGUGUGUGCACUUGUUGAACUUCAAUUCUGACAUCUGUGUUUCUCCAGCCAAUACUUUAUCGAAGGCUAGCAUGAUGGUAUCCUCAAGGGCAUCAAUCUGGUUUAUUUGUAGCCAUUUUCUACUACAGCUAUCUUGACUUGUAUCUUGGGCCCCCUUGUAGGAUAUAUCCUUCUUGGUGAGGUCUUGGCUUUUUCAGGACCUGCUUUCGAGGGGUGCUGUCUUCAGACCUUGGCCUCUUCUUUUUGACAUUGGAAGCAGGUUUUGUUAAUGAGCUGUUUUUUUCUCCUGCUUCUUUUCCUUUGUCACGUUCAGGAUUGCCUUUAUAAAGUUGUUUCAGAUUAUCCUUUGCACCUUCAUAUAUUCUAUGAUUCCCUCCUUCAAUAGGUUUGCUAAUCUGUUUCUGGAGGCUCCCAACAGGCGGACCUUAAUAAUCUCAUCUGCCGAGAGAUGUUUGAUUUCCUCCAGGCUUUUUGACUUGAAGGGGACGUAUUUUGGUUUGGCACUCCUGCCUGGUUGGGUGGCCUCUGGGCCUGUCCCAGAUGUUUUUGUUUUAUAGGCUUCAUAGUCCCCAUGAACAGCUACAUCCCAAGCAGAGCCCCACAUGCUGGGUAAGCCUGGAUACAACAGGGUGUCGACUGGUUCCCUGAGGGCUCCGUUUGAGACACUAUUUUUUAAUACCCCAGCACCAUUCAUCCUUUAUCAUGGGUUGCUUUACAACUUGGAUUAUGGUCGCCAUGGCCUCUUUAAGUUUGCCUUGAUAUGCCACCCCACUCCUUGUGGGGGGGGGUGCCUGCAACGUAGAAGUGUUUCCCAGAAGGAACUGCGUGGAAAUCAGUUGGUGUUGUGCCCCCCUCCCAGGUACUGUUACAGCCAUCUUAUUCAUUUUAUGAUGGUUCUUGUCUUGUUUUUUUACAUCUCAGAGCCUGUUGGCACUCUCAAAAGCCACCCUUUGCACAUGAAUGUAAGGGUGGGAGAUCGAGUGUGGGUUUCAUUGUUGUUGAACAAGUACAAAACAGGGGUUUUUCUUAAGACACUGCAGUCUUGGGAUUGGAGAUAUGUGGUUAGAGAAACUUUACCUCCUUCAGAAUCAAGUUGCAUCACUGGUCACGUUACCGAUCGCCCCAUGGGUCCGCCUAUUCCUGCUGUUUAUUGCGACACCCCGGACAAAGCUUGUCCCAAAGGCGUAAACAAUCAAAUAAACUCAAAGAUACCAGAUAUACUUGUACAUUUCUGUUAAUGGGCUAAUUAAAAUCUGCCUUUUUUUGUAGUUUUUUACAUACCAUAAGUGAACCAUAAGUGAAACUUUAUUCAACCCUAAUGAAAAGAGAGCUAAGGUAAGGCCUUCAAAAUAUGCUAUCUGAAAAUAUCAUUAAUGGCUUAUUUUUAAUUAAUGCGCCUGUUUUAUCAGUUUUUCGAGUAUUUCGAAAGGGCAAUAAUAAAA